ACACAUCUUUCUAAAGCCUACUAAGCUAAGCCAUUAUUGCAAAAGCUCUAGCUAAUUUCAUUAAAAUGGCGAAGGCUGCCGCUGCUUCUUCACUUACCCUUUUCCUCGCCCUUAACCUUCUGUUCUUCACGGUGGUUAGCUCCACCAAUGUGCCGUGCCCUCCGCCGCCACCAAAACAUCAGCCACCGUCCCCCUCAUCUUCAUCUCAGGCCGGCAAGUGCCCUAAAGAUGCACUCAAACUGGGAGUGUGUGCUAACCUGUUGACUGACUUGCUCAACCUUGUGGUCGGAAGCCCGGCCACCACCCCCUGCUGCUCUCUCAUUGGCGGACUUGUCGACCUCGAAGCCGCCGUCUGCCUCUGCACCGCCAUUAAAGCCAACAUCCUCGGAAUCAACCUCGACAUUCCCAUCUCCCUCAGCUUGCUGCUCAAUAACUGUGGCAAGAAUGUCCCUAGUGGAUACCAAUGCUAAUUAAUAAGCCAUCUUCAAGAUAUAUCAUUAAUUAAACUUUAUAUUAUGUUUUCUCUAUAAUAAUCAUAUACGUGUUGUUAGUUUUCAGAUUCCUAGCUCUCAUGGCUUGGUUUUCUGGAGAUAUUACUAUAGCAGUGUAUUGUUACGUUGUUGCUUGCUACGACAGUAUUAAGUUUAUGUUACUCUCAUUGAUUUGACAAGUGACUUAUCGAUGAGAUAAAAGAAUUUUAUUUGCAAUAAAAUAGUAUUUUAUGAAUGUUUACUAAUUA